CUGUGUCCGUUUUUCCUCACUUUUGCCUCGUUCGCUCCAAGCGUGAUUCGACAACGGGGUCUUCGUGUUUUUUUCUUGCACUAUCCGGAGGACUUUGCUCGCCGCAGCAGAUUUCCGGUGUAGUUCCUUUUCUGGGGUGCUCUGGUGAUAUCUAAUCGGGCUUCGCAAGUCCCCCGGAAAGUGGGUCUGGGUUAGAUCUGGUGGAAGCCGCAUUUGAAAGCGAGGUGUUGAAGGAGCUGCGGAUCGACGCUAUUAAAAUGGAUGUUUCUACACCUUUGAUAAAGAAUGUUCUGCUUCUAGAUUCGGAAGGGAAGCGCGUAGCUGUUAAGUAUUACUCGGAUGACUGGCCUAAGCUUGCUGAUAAAUUGGCGUAUGAGAAAUCCGUGUUCACGAAAACCCAACGCUCGAUUGCCCGCUCAGAAGCUGAGAUUGGAAUGUUUGAUGGAUAUAUUGUGGUCUACAAGUUCAUCUCAGACCUCCAUUUCUAUGUCACGGGAGGUGAGGAUGAGAACGAACUGAUUGUGGCAACAGUCCUGCAAGGGUUCUUUGACGCCGUCGGUUUACUUCUCAGAAACAACGUCGACAAAAAGAGUGUGCUGGAAAACCUAGAUCUCGUCCUUCUCUGCCUUGAUGAGAUCAUAGAUGGCGGCAUCAUUCUAGAGACUGAUGCCAACGUCAUAGCCGGCAGAGUUUCAAUGCGGGGUGCUGAUGCGGAUGUUCCCCUUUCAGAACAGACACUCGCUCAAGCAUUGGCCACCGCCAAGGAGCAUUUUGCAAGAUCACUUCUCAAGUAGGGAUUAGUAGUUAUUUGGUAGCAAAAAGUGGACAGAACUGCGACUCUGCAGAGUUGCUCCUCUUACUUUUUUCAAGGCUUAGCCUUGAAAUCUUCCAUCUUUUCUGUAUCACUUGCCUACAUAAUCAAAAUGUUUACAUAAACGAUUCAAAUAAACAGAUAUUUACUUCUA